AGCGCUUUGAAGCCCAAGCAAGUGAUUGUCUUUGAAGACUUAGUGGCCGCCGGUUAUGAGGUGGUGCGCGAUCGAGCUCUUACCAUGAACGAAGUGAAAGCGGCCUAUUCUACGUUAGCCAAGUGGCAUGCCAUCAGCUACAAAAUMAAUCUAGAGGAACCACAGUUUUUUGACGAAUUUCAGCAGGGAUUAUUGAGUACGUCGAGCAUAGAAGAACAGCCAUUUAUGACAACUGGUAUAGAAAAUUUCAUAGAUCUACUGAGAAAAACGCCUUCUUUACAGGCUUAUUUACCAUAUUUUGAGAAAUUGAAGCCCAAACUCUUAGAAAGUUGUCGUCAAAGUUAUGCCGAGUACCGUGAGUCGCCGAAAGAGGGUGCAUGCUAUGUUCUCUGUCAUGGUGAUUUUCAUGACAAAAACUUGAUGUUUAAACAUCACAAGGAAAGCGAUGACAUGGUCAAUGUUAUGCUGUUAGACUUCCAAAUUUGCUACGUGGGUCCGAAUGUGAAUGAUUUGAUAUAUUCCAUCUAUUGUAUGUUGGAUGAGAAGUUACGAUUAGAUUUUCCAGCACUGCUGUACUAUUACUACACCGUUUUCAAAGACACUCUAGCCAAUAUCGGUUUUAAGGGUACUUCACCGUCACUUUUGCAGAURAGGCAAGAACAUAUGCGUCAUAAAGACUUGGAACUGUUUCUCUUGGUGACAUUUUUGCCCAUGUGGUACGCGCUCAAAGCGAAGGGGAACGUGGAAAGUAUGAUGACAUCCGACGAAUAUCGUCGCUCUAUGUACGAUUCAGUGGAAUAUAUAAAGUAUGUGGAGCAUAUUUUACCUCAGUACUUGCAUCUAGGCUAUUUGGAGGAUUAAUUGUACAUUAACAAUAAAAAAAACAAUAAAAAAGAACAAAUUUUUGUGAAA